AUGUAUCAAAUAACAAUCGUCGUUUUCCUCGUACUUCUCAUUGUUCAAUGGAUACAUACAUCCAGAAUAGUCGAUACGCGAACAGUUACAGAAAAACAAGGACGUGAUGUUAUACUUAAAUGUCGAUUUGAACGAUUACAAGAACGCGAUCGUGUUAUGUGGUCAAAGGAUGAUGUUGUUCUCUCAGUUAACACGGAGAUAUCUGGUGAUAAGAGAAAAUACGAAAUCACUGAUCAAUAUAAUUUAAUUAUCAAAUCCGUUGUCGGACAAGAUAGCGGAAGAUAUUUAUGUCAAAACUUCGAUCAAGCUUUAUCGAUUAAUGUUCACUUAACUGUUUUAACUCGACCAUCUCAACCGGAUCUUCAACAAACGAAUCGAAGUUUAGUUGAACAUCAAAUCGGAAGAUUUCUUUGUGUAACAAAAGGUGGCAAUCCUCUACCAACAUUUCAGUGGUUAUUGAAUGAUAUUCAAUUAAACGAAUCACUCUAUCACAUCUAUCCAAAUACACGACAAUCCUACAGUGAAUUACAUCUACCAUUGGAGAAACGUUUCCAUAAUGCAAUACUGACUUGUCAGAUACACAAUCAAGCGUUAGAUAAACCAUUGCAGGCAUCAUUUACGUUGAAUAUUCAAUAUAAACCUGAGGUGAGUUUGCAUUCGAACCGAUCAGUGGUUUCGAAUCUCAAUUUACUCGUCACGGAAAAUGAUCAUCUAACAAUCGACUGUCAAAUCGAUUCCAACCCGUCAUUGAUCAAACCAAUUAUUUGGUUGAAAAAUGGAGUUCUCAUACCUGGUAAUACUUCACCAUCGUUGGUAUUACGAUCCAUAAAACGUGCGGAUGACGGAGAAUAUACAUGUUCAUCAACGAACGCAAUUGGUCAAAGUCAAUCAUCAGUCAACAUUCGGGUUCAAUAUUCGCCUCUGAUAGAAUUGAUUGGUGGUGGGAUCAAGACUGAGAAUGAACGAUUAGUGCUAUCAUGUAAUGUCAAUUCCUAUCCGUUGAUCGAUUAUUAUCAAUGGUAUAAAAAUAAUGAAAGGCUCAAUACAAGUGCUUUGACAUCAUCAAUCGUUAUCGAGAAAGUUUCAAAAGAAGAUGCAGGAAACUAUGUAUGUUUAGUGAAGAAUACACUAAAAUAUUCCAAUGGAAGUGCAAUCGAACGGUUCAAUAAAACUCAAAUCAAAGUUCUCGUUCAAUAUGUUCCUAAAGUUCACGCUGAGCAUACGAUCGUUGCUGUUGAUCUUCAAGAAACUAAUAUUGAAUUACAUUGUCAAAUCGAUACUUAUCCCGAAGCAACAAUUAGUUGGAAAUUCGAAAAUCGAAUUCUACUCAACUCAACAAAAUAUUCGAUUCUACAAAAGAAUUCGUCCUCGUAUUUAAUUCUUCACCAAAUCGAGUCAACUAUAGAUUACGGUUUCUAUUCAUGUAAUGCAACAAAUAAGCUAGGAUAUAAUUCGACAAAUAUCCAACUGAGAUCAAAAGAUGUACCUGAUUCACCAAGAGAUUUCAAUGUAACAAAUGUCGGCUAUUCAGCAAUCAGCGUCCAGUGGAAGCCGGGAUUCGAUGGUGGAUGGCCGCAAUCAUUUUGGAUUUCAUUGGAUAAUUCUUUGUGGAAAGAAACAAAUCAAACACAAUUUACAUUUACAAAACUUCAACAUCUCGAACAUUACAAUAUUACCGUUCGAGCUCAUAAUCAAUUGGGUCAAAGUGCCAAGAGUGCUUUUCUUCGUGUCCAAACAAAAGAUCUGCCGAUAGGCAAAGAAGAGCUUCCACAUCUGGAAUAUUCGUCAUUGCAUGUUUCGGAGAGAUCGAUCCAUUAUCGCAUCAAUGAUUCCGUUUUCACAUCACUCAAAGUACCGCUCUGCAUACGCAUCGAAGUCUCAAACUAUACACACACUUGUCAACGUCUGGUCACAUCGAGUGGCAUGAUCAAAUUGGACAAAGCUUUUUUGAAUCGCGUAGUCAACACAUCGAUCUGUCUCGAUCAGUAUGAAAACUUUUGUGGAGAAAUAUUUCCAGUGCAAAUAAAACGUGAGACAACAUUCAAUUGGAUUUUCAUCAUCGUCUCGUCGGUGAUUACUGUUACGCUACUCAUUCUGAUCGGUCUGUGCAUAUUCUGUUUCAUACUGAAACGGAGAAAACGACGGCGAAACCCUACUCAUAGUCUGAUUACCAUUUCGAAUAAAAAAUCUUGUCAACAUCCCGUGAUCCUCGAACCAGUUACACCAAAUUCAACGAAAUUCUUUUCGAACAUCACUUAUCCCGAACAGCAACAAAUACCACCAUCUUAUUUAAAUCUUGAUCCAUUUCCAGGAAAACUCUCGAAUACUUCAAGUGAACAGAAAUCAAUCCUAUCGAACAGUGAUCAAUUGACUGUAGCCGAUCUCAAUCAAUCCCUAACGCAAAAUCAAACUACUAAUUGUCCACCAGAAAACAUCACCUAUGGUUUUCCAUACUACGAAAACAAUGAUAGAGAUGACAAUGAUGGUGUUUACUCAACACCGAUGAAAAACGAUUCUUCAAAUAAAAAAACAGUGUAUGAAGUUGUGGUUUAG